AUGUAACAUUUUUACUUAAUGUUACUUAAUCACUUCAUCUUAAUAAGUAGAAACCAAGUUAAGCUACUGGAGGAUCAAGUAGCUUAUCUUAAGUAACUUACAAUCCAAACGCCCUUAAAGGUCAUCCCCUAUGAUGAAUGGGCCACAUCAAAGGUGGGACCCACACAAUGAACGGUCUACAUCAAAGGUUGGCCCCACAUGAUGGACGGUGGAUGUGAGGGAGACCAAAUAGACUUGAGGGAUAAUUACUUAUGAUGUUCAAAGCCAAACAUGAUUUUCUAAUUUUUGGCUGAUAAGAUGCCGUUUACCAAGCAUACUUAUCUACUGAAUAAGUAGAAACUAAAAUAAGUUUCUUACCUAAAGUUACUUACCAUCCAAAUGCCCCCUAAAUAUGCAACAUUGUGGCAUAUAUGGGUGCUUGGAGCUAAAUCAUAGCAAUGAUUAGUGCAUGUGGGAUAUUUGAAUAUGGAUAAUAAACAUGUGGCAAAUGUGGCAUAUGUGAGUGAUGAAGCUGAAAUAUGGCACAUGUGAGGUGCUUGAGGAUGUAUGGUGGCACAUGUGACACAAGGCAUGCAUUCGCACAUUUGACACAUGUGGGCCCUUUGAGAACUUGUGCACAUUGGCACAUAAGGCACAUAUGGAGGGAUUGAAAAUGGACUAUGGUAGGUGUGGCACAUUGAUGCAUAUGGGUGCUUUGCAUAUGUGGGUUACCAGAAAAGAUAGAAUGGUAGAACAAGUGGCGUAGUGGCAGAUGUGGGGCACAAUGAAGAUAGAUGGUGCCACAUUUGAGUUUAACUCCAUUUUCCUUCCAUAGUGGGAGAAUGGCCUCCCUUCAUAUGAGUGUAUGUGUGAGAAUACAUUAAAAAUAGUUUUCAAUAAAGAUAGAAAAUGGCAAAAGAUGUUUCACAUAAAUUGCAAAAAAAAAAAAGAAAAAAGACUUAACAAACAACUAAAAGUUAGUUUCACAGGAUUGUUUUCUUUCCUUUCAUUAAUCCAAACAAGCCUUGUGACAUUAGUAAUAAAAAACAGGUAGAACAAGAUUUUGUCGAGGUCAUCCUUCUUUUUUUGAAAAGACAGCUAUGUGUUGAUAUAGGCAAAUGUACAAGAUGGGGAUUCAGGUGGGCCUCACAGAGAGGUGGCCACUCCUAUCGUAUGAAAAUAAAAGUGCAAGAGAUGAAAAAAAGAAAAUACAGCAGAACAGGGGAAUCAAAAGAAAAUGGAGCAGAAGAUAGCUGCAAUGAGAAGGUUGCCAGAUAAAGGAACCUGUCCAGAGGAGAGGGAGACUCCCAGGAGAUGUAAGCAGGAAUAAGAGGACAGGACACUGGAGAGAGCCGCACGCUGCAAUGGGCAAUGGGGGACGGAUGAGUCAGCCAACCCCUGUUUUCCGUUUGGAUAAUCUGAUAUGGCCUAGAUUUGAUCUGUCCAGAAGGAUGGAGCCUCUAAUGGGCCUUGGAAGAUCAUUCUGAUGGAGGAAGAGCUUGUUCGGAGUACCCUUACUUGCCAAUUUAGCGAGACCGUCAACUACAGCGUUACCUUCUCUGAAUGUGAAGCAAAAACAUCCUGUCAAAUCAAUACUCGAGAAAAUCACCAGCAGUUUCCUUAAAAAAUUAUGCAUACCAGGCAAUUAGAACCAUCUGCAUAGUGGCCCACCAGACCAACAAUCCUAAUCAACGAACAUGAGCCACACUUAAGCUGGAGACAACCAAUUAUGUCAACUCACGUGUUGGGCUCUCAUUGGCUUAUUAUAUAGUGAAGAAUCUAAGAUAGAUGGAACAUGUACAUGCAAUAAUAGAAGAGGAUAUGAUAGAUGGAACAUAUGUAGGCAAUGAUAGAGGUGGAUAAUCUUGUAUGUGAUUUUUGAGAUCCUUCUCUUUCCCUUACUAUGAACAUCUCUAAUUUUUUUUCUUGUGAUUUCCCUGUUAGGAACAAGGAAUGGCAGAAGCAGUUGUAUCUGGCUUUCUUCAACUAGUUAUUGAAAAACUAGCAUCGCCAAUCCUAGAACAGUGUGAACUGUUGUGGGGUGUUCACAAGGAGAUGGAAAAUCUAAGAAGCAAGUUAUCGACGAUACAAGCCGUGCUUGAAGAUGCAGAGGAGCAGCUAGUAAAGAGCAAGGCGCUACAGAAUUGGCUGGGAAAGCUUAAAGAUGUGGUUUAUGAUGCAGAUGACAUAUUGGAUGAGUUCACAAACGAAGCGGAAGCAGAACCAAAAGUGGAAGCUAAACGCAGAAAAGUGGAGAUUGGGGAUUGCAUCACGAAGGCAUGCAAUUUCUUUUCAUCAUCAAACCCACUGGUAUCCCGUUCAAAUAUGGCAGAUAAGAUAAAGGAGAUAGAACAGAGAUUAGAAGCAAUUGCUGAGGAGAGGUCUAAAUUCCAUUUGAUAGGUGGAGAACGGGUGUCAGAUAUUAGAGGCCGAGAACCAACUGACUCAUUUGUAAUCGAAUCAGAUGUUUAUGGAAGGGAAGAAGAUAAAAGAAGGGUAAUGGAAUUACUGAUUAAUGAGGAUUACAUAGAGGAUGUUAUGGUCAUUCCCAUUGUCGGUAUGGGGGGCCUUGGAAAGACAACAGUUGCUCAGCUAGCAUACAAUGAUGUGAGGGUGAAGAGGCAUUUCGAUUUAAGAAUGUGGGUUUGUGUGUCAGAUGAUUUCGAUGUGUGGAGGCUGACAAAAGCAAUUUUAGAAUCUGCUACGGACAGCAAAUGUGAUCUCCUAGAUGUGGAUUUACUGCAGCGUCGCCUCCGAGAAAAGCUGAGUGGGAAGAAGUUCUUACUUGUGUUGGAUGAUGUAUGGGAUGAAAAUCCCGAGAAAUGGUAUCGGUUGAAACAAUUUCUCAGAGGAGGUGCAAGGGGUAGCAAAAUCAUAGUAACUACCCGUAUUGAAAAAGUUGCUUUAAUCAUGGGCACUCUCCCUCCACACCAUUUGCGGAGAUUAUCAGACAAUGAUUGUUGGUCUCUGUUCAAGCAGCAGGCGUUUGGGCAUGGAAGACAAGAACAUCCAAACCUUAUAAUUCUUGGAAAAGAAAUUGUGAAGAAGUGUGGGGGCGUCCCUUUGGCAGCGAAGGCACUCGGAAGCUUGAUGCACUUCAAAACAGAGGAAAGAGAGUGGUUGGCUGUCAAAGAAAGUGACAUUUGGAAUCUACCCGAAGAAGAGAUCAUAUUUUACCUGCUUUGAGGUUGAGUUA